GAAGUACUAAACUGGCACACGAACAAAGACGCUCAAAUAUCCAAAAAUAAAAUAAAAAUGUCUCACAUCGCUGUAGAGAGAAAUAGAAGAAGACAGAUGAAUGAACAUCUCAAAGUUCUACGUUCUUUAACCCCAUGUUUCUAUAUCAAAAGGGGAGACCAAGCAUCAAUAAUAGGGGGUGUGAUUGAAUUUAUCAAGGAGAUGCACCAAGUUCUUCAAUCUUUGGAGUCGAAGAAACGAAGAAAGAGUGUGAGCCCUAGCCCUGGUCCAACUCCAAGCCCUAGACCACUAGUACUACAACACACAAGUAGUAGUAGUACUACUACUAUUACUCAUCUUGAUAGCCCUUUGGGAUUAGAAAUAAGUAACAAUCAUGUAGUUAAGGAGCUAGGAGCAUGCUGCAACUCCCUAACGGCCGAUGUGGAAGCAAAGAUCUCAGGGUCCAACGUCCUAAUGAAGAUAAUUUCACGGCGAAUUCCGGGUCAAAUCACCAAUAUAAUUAGUGUAUUGGAGAGGCUUUCCUUUGAGGUUCUUCAUCUCAAUGUCAGUAGCAUGGAAGACACUGUUUUAUACUCCUUUGUCGUUAAGAUAGGGCUGGAAUGUCAAUUGAGCAUGGAAGAAUUGGUGCUUGAAGUUCAACAAAGUAUCCGUUCAUCAGAAUCUUCAAACGCCAUCCUUUAUGCAGAAUAGUUACUUUAUUAUUUCGUUUUCCUGUUUCAUAGCCAAUAAUAUUAUUCAAGCUUUUCUUUCUUUCUUUCUUUUAAAUAUUUAUAUAAAUAUAUAUAUGAAAUUUUUUAGGUUGGGGUAUCACUUUUGCCACUAUAGCAGAGCCGUUUUUAAUUUGGCACUUGAAGAAAUUACAAUCUAAUUUUUU